AUGCUGACUUGGGCCUUGUACAUAUUGGCAACAAGGCACGAUAUCCAAGACACGCUUUGUGCCGAAAUCACAAUACUCGCAGCCGAACAUCCGGACCCAACGUUCCUACAAAUAGAUUCUCUCGUUUAUCUAGAGAACUUCAUCAAAGAAACAAUGCGAGUAUACGCCCCAGCCACUGUUACUUAUCUGCGAGCCGAGGCUUAUAUGACUAUCGACGGCGUAUUUAUCCCUAAAGACACGGUCAUCGACAUGAUCAUCGACAUGAUCCCAUCGGGCGAAGAUGCCGACGACGUCGACCCCACUCGCUGGGACAGACUGGAAGGGGAUCAGUCAUCCCCUUACGCCUACAAUGUGUUUUCUAACGGCCCGCGAGUCUGCAUCGGGAAGACGCUUGCACUUGUCGAGAUCAAGAUCAUCCUGUUCGAGAUCGUCCAGACGUAUCGAUGUGUGAAGGUCGCAAGGGACUUCACUGUCGAGAACCCCUCACUAUCGUUGAGGCCUGUAGGUAUGGAGGUGCACCUGGCCAAGAUUGGGAGCAUUAGGCUUUUGGGUGCCCGGGUAUGGACGCCCAAGGAGUUGUGA